GUUGCCAGCGCUGCUCCUUCUCGGUACGUGGGAUUGGGGUGAAUCCCUGCUCUCUAUAGCAUUCUGCAGACAGCAGAUAAACUAACAUGCCAGCCACAAAGUCCUCGCCGCCGGCACCCACGCAUCCCCCGCGUUGGGGGCCAUGCACGCAUCGUCUGUGGCCGGGGCCAUGCCGCUGCGCAUCCUGGCGCUGGGCGACUCGAUCACCUGGGGGUACAACGACCCGCGCAACGCGUCGUACCGCCGCGACCUCGAGUGCCUGCUGCACACGCACGGCAACGCCGUGUCCAUGGCCGGGUCCAUCGCGCACGGCGACUGGCCCGACAACGCCAGCGACGCCUUCGUCUACCACACCAUCGCCCAGAUCCGCGCCGCCGCCACCCCCGAGCUCGCCGCCGCCGCCUCCCAAUGCCCCGGCCCCAGCCGCCCCAACGUCAUCCUCGUCCACGCCGGCACCGUCGACUUCGUGCUGGGCGGCCCCACCAACGCCACCGCUGCGCCAGGCCACCUGUACACGCUCCUCGACGGCGCCGCCGCGCACAACCCGCGCGCGCUGCUCGUCGUGGCGCGCCUGAUCCCCAACGCCAACGCCACCGUCAACGCCCGCAUCACGCGCUUCAACGCCGCGCUGCCGGCCGUCGUCGCCAAGCUGCGCCGCAGCUCGCGCAACGUCGUGCUGGCCGACAUUGCCCGCGGCGUCACGGCCACGGCCAAACACCUGUCAGACGGCACGCACCCUAAUGCUGAAGGCUCGGCGCUCAUGGCGGAGAACUGGCGCGCUGCGCUGCUGGAUGCGGGUGGAAGGGGCUUGAUUGCGCCGCCCGAGUGCCGUGCGGGCUUUGAGGACCGUGGCGCAACGGCGCUGGGCAAGGGUGGGAGGUGUGAUUUAAGCUGGCCUGCUGCUUGACGUUUUUUUUUUUUGGCAGUCGUCUCCUGGGAGUAGGGGUUAGGGGGCGAAAGCGGGAUGGUUUGCAUUGGCAUGGCCUUGGCACGGCGGUCAUCCAAGCGAUUACGAUUGGUUAGCUGUACGAAAUGAUUUGAAUGAAGAAGUUGAUGCUGGAAUAAUAAUCAGUAACUCGGGGCAAUAAAUGGGUUGCUUUUAUACUUCAUAAUUAAUCUAGUCUGGUUUCUUUGCGUUUCCCUGGCCAACUUACUUCUUAUCAGUUUAUCAAAAAGGACGACAAAUUCCAGUUUGGCAGUCGCCUUUCUUUUGCGCCCAUGUCGAAGGCAAAAGCCCG